AUGCACCGCAAACUACUUGUCUCGGCAGCCCUGUCGGUACUCCACGGCACUGUCGGCGCCCGGGACGGCGGCGACAGACACCGGGUAGCCAAGUGCCUGGCAAGACACGGCGGCGGCGGCAGCAACAGCAACAGCAGCAGCAGCAGCUCCGUUUACAAGACCGACUUCCCCGGCGUCACCUGGGACAACGACAACUGGGUGCUCAGCACCACCGCCCUCCAGCAGGGCCGCUUCCAGUCCCGGGGCUCCGUGGCCAACGGCUACUUCGGCAUCAACGUCGCCAGCGUCGGCCCCUUCUUCGAGGCCGACAGCGAGGCGCGCGGCGGCGACGUGAGUAGCGGGUGGCCGCUGUUCUCGCGGCGCCAGUCCUUUGCCACGGUGGCGGGCUUCUGGGACGCGCAGCCCGGCACCAACGGCACCAACUUCCCCUGGCUGCUGCAGUACGGCUACGAGAGCGUCAUCAGCGGCAUCCCGCACUGGAGCGGCCUCGUCAUCGACCUCGGCGACGGGGCGUACCUCGACGCGACCGCCGACGACGCCGCCGUGCGCGACUUCCGCUCGGCGUACGACUUCCAGGCCGGCGUGCUGACCUGGUCGUACACGUGGGCGCCGGCCGCCGCCGGGGCCGCCAGCUACCGCGUCCGCUACCUCUUGUUCGCGCACAAGCUGCACGUGAACCAGGCCGUGGUGCAGCUCGAGGUCGUCGCGUCCGCCGACGCCAGCGCGACCGUGGUCAACGUCCUCGACGGCCGCGCCGCCGUCCGCACCGACUUUGCGGCGUCGGGCGAGCACCGUGGCGCCAUCUACUCGGCCGUGAGGCCGGCGGGCGUGGCCAACGUCACCGCCUACGUCUACGCCAACAUGACGGGCUCCUCCGAGCACGUCGACUGGUCCAGCAGGACGCUGGUGACGGGCAAGCCGUACGUCGGCUCGAACGCGUCGUCCGUCGCGCAGGCCGUCCGCGUGCGGCUCCCGCGGGGCGAGGCCGUCCGCGUCACCAAGUACGUCGGCGUGGCCUCGGGCGACGCCUUUGCCGACCCGCAGGACGCGGCCAGAAAGGCGGCCGCCGCCGCGCAGUCCCGCGGCUUCCACCGGUCGCUCAGGUCGCACGUCGAGGAGUGGGCGGCCGUCAUGCCCUCGCGCUCCGUCGACAGCUUCGCCGACCCCGCCAGCGGCGCCCUCCCCCGCGACCGCUACGUUGUCGACUCGGCCAUCAUGGCCGUCGCAAACACGUACUACCUGCUGCAGACCACCGUGGGGCCCAACGCCCAGAGGCAGGUCCAGGGCGCCCCCGUCAACGCCGACAGCAUCUCUGUGGGGGGCCUCACCUCGGAUUCCUACGCGGGCCUCAUCUUUUGGGAUGCGGACCUCUUCAUGCAGCCCGGUCUGGCGGCGUCGCACCCUCAGUCUGCCCAAAGAAUCACCAACUACCGAGCCAAGCUGCACCGGCAGGCCAGGGCCAACGCGCAAACAAGCUACACGAGCUCCCGGAACAGGACCGUCUUCUCGGCCAAUUCCGCCAUUUAUCCUUGGACGAGCGGCCGGUACGGCAACUGCACCGCAACGGGGCCAUGCUGGGACUACCAGUACCAUCUGAACGGAGACAUCGGCAUCUCUCUUGUCAACCAGUGGGUCACGACCGGGGAUUCGCGCACCUUCAGGGACCACCUGCUCCCGAUCUACGACUCCAUCGCGACAAUGUACGCGGAGCUGCUGGCCCCCAACGGGUCUAGCUGGACGGUGACCAACAUGACUGAUCCGGACGAGUAUGCCAACCACGUCGAUGCCGGCGGCUUCACCAUGCCUCUCAUCGCCGAGACGCUGCUGACGGCGAAUGCCUUCCGCGGCCGGUUUGGGCUGGCUAAGAACUCGACGUGGGAUGCCAUGGCGAAAAACGUGCUUGUUCUGCGGGAAAACGGCGCCACGCUCGAGUUCACCACCAUGAACGGGAGCGCGGUGGUGAAGCAGGCUGAUGUCAUCCUGAACACGUUUCCCCUGUCCUUCUCGACCAACUACAGCCGGCAAGACUCGUUGAACGACCUGGACUAUUACGCCAACAAGCAGUCUCCCGACGGCCCUGCCAUGACCUGGGCCUUCUUCUCCAUCGUUGCCAACGACGUCUCGCCUUCGGGCUGCCCGGCAUACACCUACGCGCAGUACGCCUACCAGCCAUACGUCAGAGCGCCCUUCUACCAGAUGUCGGAGCAAAUCAUCGACAACGCCACCGUCAACGGCGGCACCCACCCGGCGUACCCGUUCCUCACGGGCCACGGCGGCGCCAACCAAGUCAACAUCUUUGGCUACCUCGGCUUGCGGCUGCUCCCCGACGACGUCAUACACAUCAACCCCAACCUCCCGCCUCAGCUGUCCUACAUACGGUACCGGACCUUUUACUGGCGCGGCUGGCCGCUGCAGGCGUGGUCGAAUGCGUCCCACACCACCGUCCAGCGCGCCGAGCAUGUCGAACCCCUCGACACAGCCGAUCAGCGGUUCGCCAACACGCCCAUCACCAUCGACGCCGGCCCCCAAGACGGCGCCACCUACGAGCUCCCCGUCAGCGGCGCCGUCGUCGUGCCCAACCGGGACAUUGGCCGCAUAAACACCGUCCCCGGCGACCUCGCGCAGUGCAAGCCGGCCAGUUCUCCCGACGCCCACCGCCCAGGCCAGUUCCCCAUGGCGGCCAACGACGGCGCCACGUCCACCAAGUGGCAGCCGCAGUUCGCCAGCAAUCUGAGCAGUCUGACCGUCGCGCUCGCCACGGCGGACGUCGGGAAGCCCGUGUCAGGCUUCCGCUUCAACUGGGCGCAGGCGCCGCCCGUCAACGCCACCGUCAUCUUCCACAACUGCACUUUGGACGGCUCCGACUUUGCGGACCUGGACACGGCGGCGUCGGCGAGUAAACACCCCGAUUACACCGUCGUGCUGCGGUUGACGAAUGUCGAGCUAUCGCUGCCGUAUGACGCAAAGGCCGCACGCUUGGAUGCCAUUGCCAUCCCCUUGGGUAACACGACCAACGUGACGCUUAGUGAGGCUGUCCCCGCGGCACGGUACGCUACGUUGCUUGUCCUGGGCAACCAGGCUCUCGGCGAGGUGGACGUGGAGUUUAAGAAUGGCACCGGUGCGACCGUGUCUGAGUGGGCGAUUAUUAGUGAGGAGCAGAAACAGGCUGAUGAGAAGAAGAACAGGGGCAAUUUGGGGAGGAGCUUAACAUGGAGAGAAAAGAUGAUGCUGAUGCCCAGAAGUGAUAGUCAUAGACAUUAA